AUGAAGCUGGAAUUAACUAUUGAAAAAAAUGUGGUUCUAAAACGUGAUAAACCUUGGUCGUAUUUUUAUUUUCUUAACGAUCAAGAUCUGCUAUGUUAUAAUGAACAUAAAAAAUUCGAAUCAGCCAAUUCAUCGAAUGGUAAAAUUGAUCAUGUACCAAAUAGAACAAUAGCAAAUAUAUCGAAACCAUCGCUGACACAUUGUGCAUCGAAUAAUGGAAAAUUUUGUGGAUUUCUUUCUCCUAAUUAUGAAGUAACUAUUUGGGAUAAGGACAAAUUAAUCCGAACGAUUCCAUCAUGUUUACAUGCUGUAAAAGCAAUUAAAAGCAAACCAUUUAUUUCUCUAAGUAAUAAUGGUGAACAAGUUCUUCUUAUAUUUCAACAACCCUAUCGAAUAUUUCUCUGGAUUAAGUCGCCUGUUAUUCCCUUACCACAAACUCGCCAUCAUCAAAAAAGUCCCUUAUGUUCACAUAUUGGAAAUAAUGCAACACAUGAAAUCGGUACUUGGCACGAUCUAAAUAUAACUGAUGAACAAUUUAAUAUAAUGAAUGAUGAUAAAUAUAAAAUAUCUAUUGAUUGUUUUUUUCGUUCAAAAUGUUCGUCAGUGAUUUGUGCAUUUGUAUUCUAUGACCAAUCAGGUUAUAUCCAAAUCAAUCGAAUUGAUAUUGACUGCAAAUCAACAAUUAUUGCCGAACAAUCAUUAUCAUAUUCAUUUGAAGUUCUUCAAAUACCAAUCGCGAUUUCAGCAUCUUCAUGUGCGAUACGAUUUGCUCAUACAUCACCUAUAUUAGCUAUUAGUUUUCUAAGCUAUGUCCUGUUUGUUUCUUUAACAACAAUAACAUUUUCAAAAUUAAUUCCCAUUGAAUGUUCAUUUAAAACAUCACCAACUCAUCAACAAGUUUUUAUCAAUGAUUUAAUUUGGAGUUAUGAUGAUCAAUUUAUAAUCGGUUUGACUAAUCGUGGCGGUUUAUUUUUCCUUAAUCGUUUUGGUUCACAAUUGCAUUUAAUAACACAAGGCGAAUGUGUAACACAAGGUCCAUCAUUAUUCGUUAUUAUUCAUCCAUUGAUUGGAAAAGAUAGUGAAGCAACAACUCAUUUAGGUUUAGAUUCAUUUAUGCAAUCGAUUGCACCAUUUUCUGAUGAUGAUAAAACCAAACAACAAAGAUUUUCACUAGCAGCUGAUACGAAUAAAUCAUUGAUCUAUUGUAGCGAUGGUUAUCGUUUAGCACGUUUGACCUAUUCGCAGAAAAUUCGAGAUAGAAGAUUUUAUGAUCCAUUACUUAAUCUAUAUUUACUGGAUCUAAAUAGACAACAAGAACAAUCAGUAUUUCAUAAAGCAAAAUUGUAUGAUGAAUUUCCUAAAGCUAUUGAUCAUUCAGAUGCAGAUAGUAUUGGCGGUGGUGGUGAAAUCAGUAUGUCGAAAAAAUAUGGAAGUUUAACAUCUUUAACAAAUGAUGAUCUACCGGAACUUUCAUUAGAAGAUGUUUUCUCUGCUUAUCAUCUUCUAUUAACAUCGUCGAAUCGAGUUCAACAUGAAAUUUGUUCGUGUCUCGAACGAACAACACAAACGCUACUUACAUCAUCGGACAAGGAUGAUAUACUUACGCCAAUUCAAUUAUCACAUUGUUUAACAAAUUUAGUUUUAUCAUCGACAUUUAGCUCGUUGAAUUUUUUACAUCUUUCAUGUAUAACAAAAUUUAUACCAUUAUUCAUCGGUAUAUUUGAACAGCAAACAACUGUUGUUAAUGAUCCAGAAUUAUUACAAUUGUGUAUUCUGUAUAUUAUUGAACAAUGGCUACAAGCCGUUUUAUACAUACCAACGACGUUGAAUACAUUUGAAUUGUGUCGAAGACAAAAAGUCAUAAAAUCUAACGACGAUGAACAAGAACACCAAUUUCAACUUUGUAAAGCAGUUCAACAAUUACAAUUAUUACAAGGAACAAAUAUUAAUUUGGAUGAUUUUUUACCUGUAAAAUUGCCUGACGGACGAGGCGAUAUGCAGGUAAGCGAUUUACAUUUCAAUCGUUUAACACUUUUACAUUCAUGGUACGAAUUGUGGUUAGCAGUAGAAAAAAAAUUUCGUCGCGAUGUAAAAAAUUUACCAAAAUAUUUAACAACAAUUCGUCUUUUCGUUCAAUCAAUACUUCAUUCAUAUCCAUCGUUAAGCUCAAUUCGCCUAUUACCUUAUGGUCAUCAGACUGAUUUAAAUGAUCUUUUCCCGCCAGCUAUAACAAUUGUUGAUCAUCCCCUGCAUACAAAAGGUUACUCAGCAUUAAAUGAACGCCGAAAACAGCGUCGCCGAUCACGUAAUUCUAUUGAUAUGCCAAAUUCAGCUCAUCCACUUCGCCGUGGAAAACCACCAACAGAAGCUCGUAAAGCUCUUGUACUUCAUCGUGUACUCUAUGCACUACUUGAACAAUAUAAUAUUCGUGAUGCUGUCUGCAUACUUAAUGUUGCUUUACGACGUGAAACAUCUCUUUUAUCAUCAUGUCUACCUAUUGAUCUGUUUAGUGCUAAUUUAUUUCAAAAUAUUGACACACGAACUUAUUUUGGUAUGCCUGGCAAUGCUCUACGAUCUGUUCUACGCACUUUAGCUCGUUUUAUGGCUCGAUCAAUGAUGACAACGGACAAUCAAGAUGAACAGCAACUGUUCAUUUAUUCCAUUGAUUCAGCGUGUCCAUUGCCAAAUUUAUUUAAAACAACACAAAAAAUAAAUGAACGACUAAAAUACAGAAUGAUUUAUAUUGAUCGAAAUCGUUUAAAUUUAGCUAUACAACAACAGAAAAUGAGUAAAUUUUGGCAACCAUUAAAAGUAUUGGAAUUAUUUAUACUUGGCCAAUCACCAAAUGAGGCUGUAUUAUUUGCUAAAUUAGUUGGUGAUUGGCGAACAGCCUUGUGUUUAGCUUCUGUAUUACCACCUCACAACGGAUUAUACGAUGCAUCUAAACCAACAAAACGCAUAUCUCCAUCGUAUUCACCUUUAAAUGCUGUUACAGUUGAUGCAUUACUUUACACAAAAUUAUGCGAAUAUCUUCAAAUAGAUAAUCUUAAAUUUGCACUUAAACGUUCGUAUAAACAAGAUGAAAUCAUCUCAUUUAUUCAACAUUUACCUUCAACAUUAGAACAAUUUCUCCUGUGUGCUACACUUUUACAAGUACCAUUAACAGAAAUGUUAUUAAGACGUUUAAAUGCUACUAUGAUCUAUUUAUACACAUCAAUACCGAUAUUUAUAUCAUCGAAAUAUUAUUUACCAUGUCCACCUAUUUAUUCGUCAAUAUUAAAUACAUAUGACGACGAUAAAUACGAUAUUGCAUGUAAAUAUGAAACACAUAUACGUUUAAUUUAUUACCGUACAAUACAUAUAUUUAUUCAAUUAUUAUCCGCAAGUCGAAUACAAUUAUCGUGUCUUAAAUGGUAUUUAGAUUAUUUAACAAUGACAAAUAAUAGACGUAGACAAACAACAAAUGAAACGAAUGAUAGUUUUUAUUCAAUUAAAGUUUUACUUAAAUCAUUACGUUUUCAUAAAUUACCAAAUAUACCCGAUCGAAUACUUGUUUAUUUUCGCGAUUUUUGCAUUAUAUUAUUUCUAUUAGAUACUCGUGAUCGUUUAUCACUUGCUUUACGUACGUACAUACGUAAUAAAACUGAACAGAAGAGUCUGUCAGAUCAAAUUUCAUGGAAAAUUAUUAGUUAUGCAACAAUACUUACUUCAUUUCGUUGUUUAAUAUCCGAUGAAAUGGAAUUAUUACGUGUUGUAUUAAAUAUUUUCUUUGAUUUUCCACCGUCAGAACAAUUAAUGCGAGCAUUAGCCACAUUAAUUAUUGCACGACAACAUCACGAUACCAAUGCAGAUGAUAAUGCCGAAGUAAAAUUCAUUGUUGAUAAAUUAAAAGCAAAAUGGGCACAAAUCAACCCAACAUUUAUUCAAUUAUAUGAAGGAUUUUUAGAAUCAACUAUUCUACAAGAUGUUCAAGGAGAUAUUGUUCAACAUUAUAUGGAUGAUAUACAAGAUCAUCAUCAACAAGAACCAUUAUUUGAUUUUAAACCUAAAUGGUUUGAAACAAGUGUUGAAUAUGGCGAAUUUAUGGCCAUGAUAACUCCACUUCUUCUUGAUACAUCAUCAUUGACAAAUAUCAAACAACAAGAAUUAAAUAAUGAUCAUACCAAAUAUGAUAGUACAUCUAUUCCUUUAUUACAAACAAUGAGUGCACAAUUACAUGAAUUGGAAUUACCAAUAAGUCUUGAUAAACGAUAUUUACUUAAACAGGCUCCACUUUUUGUUCCACCUCAUGAAUAUGUUGUGUUUCCUGUGCGUAUGGUACCAUAUGAUGCACAACAAACUAUGUUUCAACAAACACCAUCAAGUGUUAAUAAUACCACUGUUGGCAGUUUUGUUAAUAUAUCGUCAACACAACAACCACCUAGUGUUGUUAGUCUCGCAAAUCAACAUCGACGUAAUUAUUAUACUUCAGAUAGCCAUACAAAUGAUAUGAAUACAAAUAAUAAUAGAAAUCCUAUGAUGGAAUGGGAUGGACGUUCAGAUGAUCCAUCGCGAUCACAUGUACGACAAUUUGAUGAACCAUAUUCUGAAGCUGCACGUCGUAGUAUUUGGAUGGUUGGUUGGGCUAAUCGUGGUUUUACAACUACUACUGAUCAGACACAAACAGCUGGCAUGCGCAUUCCUGUAUCUGCGCAAUUUCUUGCUGCAAGCUCAUUAGUUAGCGAUCCACAACAUUAUGAAGCAACCGUUAGGAAACACCCAUUACAAAAUAAAAAUAGUAAUGAUCAAGCCGACAAUGAUACUGAUCUAACAAAUAUAACUAAAGAUAGUGAAGAUGAUGAUGCAGGUCGUACACAAAGUGAUUUACCAUCGAGUCCUCGUCGACGUGAUGCUUCAUUUCGAAAAAAUUCACUUGAAGAAAGUGUCUCGCUACCUAUGAUGAGCACUGAUGGUGGUGGAGAUCUUGGUCGUAGUUAUGAUAUUCGUGCACCGUCAAGAGAAACUGGCGGCGAUGAAACGCCUACGUAUGAUCCACGCGAUUUUCCGACUGACUUCUAUAAAGGGCCAACUGUUCAGCAAAAUAAAUAUCAACAAAGAUCAAGUCCAAUACCACAUAUUUCACCGUCAACAACGAAUGAAUUUCAACGGCAACAAUCACCUCAUUCUGUUCGACAAUCGAUGAGUGAUCGUCGUUUUCUGGAUGAUUCGGAUCCAUAUGCAACUUUACGACUCGAACAAGAAGAACGAGAGAAAUAUUCAAUGAAUGGUAAUAGAACGUUUCUUUUAACUGAUUAG